AUGCAAACUUUUAAUUAUUGUAUUAUAUUUUUUAUUCUAUUGUUAAGUAAAAAAACAUUAUCAUUAGAAGAAUAUAAUUAUAUUUUUAAUUCAACACAAUGUAAGGAAUCUAUUAUUGACACUAAAUUUGGCAUCUGCCUUCGACCAUUAUUAAAUUUAUGGGAAUCUAUUAAAUCAGAAGAAUUAUAUGCUUCAAAAAUUUUAUUUCCUGUACCAUUUUUUAAAACAGAAUCACUUACCACAUUAUGCCGAUUUUAUACAAAAAUUAAAUAUGAUUGUUUUAAUGAUAGUAAUUAUACAAAUUCAUGUUCUUCAUUGUCAUUGAAAGAAUAUUUUUACUCACAAUUAGACUACUUUUGUGGUAUAAAAGAAGGUAUAAAAUAUUGGUCAGAAUUUAGUUGUCUAAGAAAUAUUUUAUUAGACAGUAAAGAAAAUAAAAAUUUCAAUGUUAAUAUAUGUUUUAAUUUUAUAAAUCAAAUAAAAAUAAGUAAUAAGGAAGAUAAAUGUAGGAAUAUGGAGCAUUUUAUGAGGUGUAUUGGUAAAUAUGUUAAGGUAAAAUGUGGUAUACAUACCUUAAAAGUUUUGAUGGAUGCAAUUAAAGUUUUUGGUUGCUUAAAAAAUGACAAAAUUAUAUUUAAAAGGACAACGCACCAAAAUUAUGGUACUUCAAUAAAUGUUAAAGGAGAUAAUGAUAUGAUAUUAAAAUAUAUCCAAAUUUACACAAACACACCACCUUCUACAUCUAUAAUUGAUUUUAAAACACAUAUUUCUACAAGUAGUUUAAAAUUUGAGAGAAAAAAUAUUGGUAAUAAUUUAAAAUGGACUUCUCCCAAAAAGUAUCAUACAGUAGAGACAUGUGAUUAUGUUAAACAAAAAAAAUUAGUUGAAUGUUAUACACCAUUAAUGCUUAGAUGGGAUCAAAUUGAAAAAGAAAAAAUUUAUAAUAAAAGUGAGGAAAAGUAUCAUUUUUUUCCAAUGUUAAAAAAUAAUUUACAUGAAAUUGCUGAGUUAUGUGAUAUGUUAAAUGUAAUUAUAGAUGAAUGUUUAACGACACCCGUCAUUCAAGAAUGUCUUACAAAUGAGAAUCUUGUAUUUGUUGAUCAAGAAUUAGGACAAACAUGUGGAUAUCUUCAUAAAAAUAUUUUUAAUUCAGAUUUUAUAUGUAUGAAAAAUAUCAUUAUGAAAAAACUAAAAUGUCACUCAAUAAUAAUAGGACGUAAUUUCCCAGGUUUAAAUCCAUUAAUAAAAUGUAAACAACAAACACAAUUUUAUGAAUGUAUUCAUGAUGAUAUAAAAAAUAAUUGUGGUGAAAAAAGUUUAAGAAUUUUAGAUGAUACUAUUUUUAAUUAUGGUUGUAAACAUCCAAAAAAACAUUUAUCUGGUGUUACAAAAGAUGAAUCUUUACAUAUGUUAAAUAGUAAUAAACAUCUUUCAUUUGACGUUGGCUAUAAAAUUGAUAAUUCAUUCAUCAUAACAAAAUAUGGUGAAUCUAUUACCAAGGGAAAACCUUUUCAUUAUAAAAUAUCUAAUGAUUGUACUCAUUUUAAUUUAAUGAUAUCUAGAAGUUGUACUUCUAAUAUAACAAAUGAAUUGAGAAAUACAAUAUUUAAUACAAAAAAUCCAAUUACAUUAUCUAUUUUUUUGUUUUCACCAGAAGAAUUAUUAAAUAUGUGUGAUAGUUAUGCUAAUGUCUUUCUUUGUGGUGGAUUAGAAAAUGUAUUAAGUUGUAUGGAUGAUAUCAAUAUUCGUUACGUUAGAGAUACUCUUGCUUAUCCCUGUAAACCAAAAAUAAUAUCACAAUUUUUAAAAGCAUUUAUUUGUAUCAAAAAUAUUAUUAAUCAAAAUCGAAGAAAUUGUAAAAAAUUUAUAGUUGGAAGAAUUUUACAAGGUGAAGAUCAAAGAAAAUGUAAAGGAAUUGCACAAUUUUAUGAUUGUAUUUCAAGUGAUGUAAAAAAAUAUUGUGGUGAUAAUGGAAAACAUCAGUUAUGGCAGUACAUAAAUGAAUAUGGUUGUUUGUAG